AUGCUGGACGUUGUUGUCGGAAUGUUGAGCCAGAUUGCGGUGCUCCCACAGAAGGAAGCCAAGGGCAACAAGUUGCUCACCCAAAUUAGUCGCCCAGCGGGUACCGAUACAAAGGCUGUUGAGGCUUUAGAAGUGGUCCUGCUGGAGGGGCGCCCAGUGUUUGGAAAGAAGACCCUCAGGGGCCCCCAGUUCUACCGGUACCGGGUACUUUUGGGUCGAAUCGGCACAAAACAAAUCAGUCCAAUCAAACCCAAGCCCAAAUUGAUCAACUUUUGUGACAAGCUACCACAAAAGUAUGUCAAGCACCGACAAUACAUCUUGCUGGACAAGGCCAAAGAUAUUCUUGGGAAUAACUUGGGAAUAAUGACUAGCACAAUGCUGAACAAGUUGGAAUCACGGAACUGCAUGAAGGAGUCAAACAAUACAUGCCAUUUUUUUCCAUUCAUUCGUCCAGUGCUUCUAUCAAGGUUGUCAGACUCGUUUGUGAAACCAUGGAAGAAAAGGUUCAAGCUGCCAACGCCCCUGCAUGCGCCCAGCCUUGUACCAAAAGGACCGAGAAGCAAGACUUUGAAAGGCGAGUUCUUUCAAAAAUCCAAAUCAACCAUAAGCCAAUACUGUGAUGAAUGGGAUCGAUUUGUAAGCAUUGCCAACUUUUUGGAGACUCAUUCUCUUACUGAGUGGAAGGAUUCCUUGGUCAUGGUUGUCUUUUUGCAUCUCACUAGCCGAGAUGUCAAGAUCAUGUUGGUCGCCUGUCACAAGCACCAAGCGUAUCACCCAGACUACAUUGCUCUCAUGAACGAAUUGGCCAAUUUUGGAUCUCAACGGUGA